AUGGCUGCGGCCCAGCAGGCUGGCGGUGCUCCUCCCUCCGGCUAUCCAGGUGGUCCUCCGCCUGUUGGAGGCGCGCCGAGACCAGGUGCAUAUAGAGUGGUUCUGAUUGAUCCGAUGGGGAUUGCCAGCCUGGCCAAACCCAGCAGUACCAGGCGUAUCCUGGCCCGCAAGCAGCAGUUCCACCGCCAGCGGUAA